AUAAACCGAAAGCUCGAAUCCCCAAACUUCGAAAGGUUGGCUUGCGAGUCGGCUUUGUAUUUAGUCUGAGUUUGCACGGCCAGGUGUUACUUCACCAGUGGCCCCGGACAGUAACAAAACAAAUAAAAGCCCGAACCCAAACCCUGCCACCAUCGUAGACUUUCCUGAGCACCCUGUCGUGUUAAGCGGGGCUCUGACGGCUCUUCGAGUGUGAGAAGCUGCUUCUUCCAGGAUGGGUCUGUAAUUACUCUGGAACCAGUAAGCCAUGGCAUCAAAGAAAUUUGCUGUUAAAUGUGGGGACUUCGCUGUCCUGGUGGAUCUUCACAUAUCACCUCAAGGUUCCAGCAGAGAUACCAGCUGGUUUUCUGAACAGAAGAAAGAGGAAGUCUGUUUACUGUUGAAAGAAACCAUUACUUCAAGAGUUAAGGAGUACUUAGAAGUUCGUAAACAGCACAGGCCAUCAAAUACAGAAUUCACAAGAUCCAGUCCCUUGUCCUUAAAAGGUUACGGCUUUCAGAUCACAGCCUAUUUCCUCAAGAGAGGGGUACGCCUCCGCUGCUUAGGGGGCUCCCGGAAUGCAGAACUCCGCAUAUUUCCCGAAAGAUUCGUGGUCUGCGUAAGUCAGCUUGUGUUCAGUCGUGAUCUUUUGCCAAGUCAGAGUGAGGAGCUGGUUAAGAGUCGUUGCAACUCUUCAUUGGUUGGUACUUCCCUAGUCUACACAAGAUAGUUUCACAGUCAUCAACUCAGAAGAAAUAAAAACUUUAAAAAAAAUUAUUAAAAACAAAACAAAACUAGGGUACCAACUGCUAACCAAAGCGGCAGCUUCAUUGGUGAGGCUGUGCUCGGCUUCCCCUUGGAGCCUUGUCCUUUCGUGGGAGGGCAGAGAAUGGAAGGCCUGGGGCUGGAGGACCCUAGUGACUUGGAAAGGCGUGCCCCUCCCCAUGGGAACUGGGUGGAUGACGGAUGUGGCCGCUGGGGUGUCAGUUUCCUCAUCUCUGAGACAGCGGAGUUCACGUCCGCCUGGUGGGCGUCUCAUGAGGACUGGCCCCUGCAUCGAGUGCAUUGUCAGUGGUAUCUCAGCACAGACGUCCUCCAGCCCUGUCAUCUGUAAAGAAACGCCUUCAGUCCACAGUGGAUUUCACGAGGUACCACUUUUCCCUUUCAUUUACCUCUUUUUGCUUCGGGUCCUUUGAGGCAAUACACACACGUAUGCUCCUAUACUUUCUUUCAGUUGUUCAUGACCACUCUGCCCCCCCUGUUUUGUCCUUUUCACUUCCUUACCUUAUCAAAUGUCAAAUAAUUUGAGAAACUAUUAGAAAUGAAGUUUGGGAAAGAGAGAGCUCCUCCUCAUUUUAAGACGCCAUGUGGCUUCCGCGUGGCCACACUGCAUCACGGUCUAAAACUGGUCCUUGUCAUAGUUCAUGCUCUACUCAGGCUGCUUUUCUGUAAGUUACUCCUUCUGU